GCCAGCCACCCAGUCGGAGCUUUCCUCACGCCACGUCCGCACGACAGCCCUGUGACCAGUUUUUCUUGCCGGAGGAUGGGUAACAAAUCCACCAUCGCCUAAGCCUGCGUAAUGUGGUGGACUAAACUAUCCCGGAUAUUAGGGACGACCUCGGUUAAACGUUCACACGUUGGAGUCCUGAGCAUCUUGAACGACCUCAAACAAUAGGGUUAUAGCUGCUCGCCCAUUGCUGUCGCGCAACCAACUGCAUCUGCUAUCUUCUGCUCAUAUCUUCUUCUUCAUCAUCCAACUUCAUUAUGGCGCAACAGGAAACGCAGAAUACCGCGCAAGAGCCGCUCGUUCUCAAGCUUCCUCACCCAUAUCUAACCGCAUACACUAUCGUUAAUGUGGCACCGAAAGGACAGCCCAUAAGCUACCAAGUCCAGCUUUCUUCAGCGAACACCACAGGCAAGGAGGUUGCUCCGCCGGCAGUUCUACAUAACGAAACUGUUUCAUUCACCGACAUUAGCACCUUGAGCCAAGAUGCAGUACCAGCGAAGGGAGACAACAGUUCUUGGGCUCGCACUCGAAGAUCCCCAUAUGUAACAGUCUCUUGGAACAAGGAUCGGCCAACCGUCCCGCAACUUUGGCUCAUCGCCUACGCGUUGGUCUCACUGCACCCGCUAAUCGAGAAUUUCCGCGUGCUAUUCUCUGGGAAAGACUCGCAGGAACUAGCCAAUGAGCUUUAUGCCACCGGCCUUUUCCACUCACAUCCAAAGGCUUCCAAUGCUUCGGCGCCUCACGAUGGUCACCUCCUCUUCCGAGGAACAUUCUGGCAGGGCGCCGCAUCUCCAUUCGGAGCUCGUCCAGUCUGGGCACCGCACCUUCACGCCUCUGGAAAGCCGAUCCAGAGACCAUAUCCUCCAUUUCCAUUCCAGAAUGCACCAUCGACUCAGUUCCCGGCUGUACCACGGCAUACGCAACAUCCUGUCCGUGAACCAAAGCCUGAGCCUGGCUCGAUCAUUUACAGCCGAUGGGUGCCACACCUGAAGGAGCAUUUUACAAUGGUGGCUCUUGACUACACCAAUGAUGAGCAUCUCCGACUAUUCAACAAGUGGCAAAACGACCCACGUGUCGCUGCAGGUUGGAACGAAACCGGCACUCUGGAUCAACACCGUGAAUAUCUCCGAAAGCUGCAUGAGGACCCCCACGUACUCACCAUGUUCGCUGCUUUCGACGACAUUCUGUUUGCCUACUUUGAAGUUUAUUGGGCAAUGGAGGACCACAUGGGUGCUCACUACCAGUCUUCGCCCUAUGACCGCGGCAGGCACUCACUCGUCGGCGACGUUCGAUUCAGAGGGCCUUACCGUGUUUCUGCAUGGUGGUCUGGUCUUAUGCACUACAUGUUCCUUGAUGAGCCACGCACCUGGAACCUGGUAGGUGAACCAGCAGCAACAAGCAGCACUGUGCUAGCAUAUGACUUCGCCCACGGUUUCCACGUUGAGAAGAUCAUGGACCUUCCACACAAGCGUAGUGCUUUGAUGAUGGUCAACCGAGAGAAAUUCUUCACAUUGAGUCCUUUCACCUGGGAUGGGGAGAAGAAGGUUCGCCCAAGCCUGGAUGCAGGCGCCAAGUCAAAGUUGUAGACUGCCAUCUCGCACUUUGUUUCUAAUACCACGCAACUACAAUUAUUUCCAUUAAUGUAAAUACGAACAAAUUUUGACCAUUAACUCAGCAUGGCAUGG